AUGAUUUUGUUCUUUUUUAUUGCUCAUGCAUUCAUGGAAUCACGUGGAAGCAGAAAGCGAAGGUCCGGUCACAUUGGAUCAGGAUCUUUAGGAAAAAAUCACAGACAUCACGAAAAUAAACACUCUCAAUGGGAGUUUGAUGAACCACUCGACCACCCAGAUUUACCAGAAAUGGACGAACCAUUAACAAUUGAAGAUAACCCUCUCACCGAUCCUCAAACCAAACAAGAUGAUAAAAAUGCAGAUCCAUUUCCACACACUUUUUUACUUCCAAAUCAAACAAGAGCCUGUGAGGAAGGUUAUUCAUCAGGUCGCGUGAUUGAUGAAAGAGGCUGUUGGAUGUGUUUUGGGUGCCAAACAAACGAAAUUUGCAAGUUUCCAGAUAUUUGCGAAAAGGCAUCACCAACAAUCAAGAAGGCUUCGGUUAGCAAAGGGCAGGUUAUUAUUGAAUAUUUUGUUGAUUCAAAUCACUUUAAUCCGGAUAUUGCUUACUGUAAGCUCGGAGAAAAUAAAACAACAGCAGUCAAAGUGACUUCAUCAAUAGUUAUAUGCAAUACUCCAAAGAAGAGAGUCCCUACUUUACAAAUUUCGUUUGACGACGAAAAUUACUCACCAGCUUUCUUAUAUCCCCGCCAAAUAAUUGACUUUGACGCUCUAAAUGAAAAAUUUAAUGGAAUUCCCAUAGAUAGAUUUCUCUUAAUUGUUGCAAUUUUCGGAAUCUUAUUAUACGUUGGAAUCCAAUGCUGGAAUCGUCCUCGGCGAUACCACAAACUGCCAGUAUACAUGGAAGUGAAACCAAUUGCCCACUUCCCUCAAGUUGACAACGAAGAUCCUGAAGUUCCCUACUCAAAAAUGAAUGUGAAAUUCUAA